UUUAUUAUUAUCUUGUGUAUACCAAAACAUUAUUUUAUAUGAAUCUUUAUUCUACUUUGCAUCAUAUUUGUCAAGGUCUAAACAGUCUCACAACGUUACUAUUAAUUGUGUUUGGACUGUAUCAUACUGAGAAAUUUAAACAUUGUCUGAAGAAGCUUGCUAUUAUAGACGUCACAUUAAAAAGUCUGGGUACAACAAUCAAUAAUCAACAAUUGUAUAUAAAAAUAAUAUGGCUUGUCCUAGGAUGGUUUAUGUCAGUCGUAUUAAUCAAUUGUAUACAUUCCUUAUAUAUAAUAUCCCAACAUAAUUAUGACAUUGUAACAGUUAUUUGUAUCUCCAUUAUAUUAAAUCAUUGUAGUCAUAUUAAUCUCAUCGAGGAUAUAAUGGUUGCAAGUAUUCUUGGGUUGGUAUUUUGCAUUUAUGAAUAUAACUUUAUCCACAUAUGGAUAAAUUAA